AACAGGUUAUAGAUAUGGAGAAGUUAAAAACAGUGGAAGCUGAUGGACAGUCUUCAGUGGAUUUGAGUGAAGCUUCAUUUAGUACAUCUGGUCUUUCUGAAAGUACUUUCAGCAUGCCUACCUCAGAGAUCUCACCAGUUCCUCAGCCCAGUGUGAUAGAAAAUUCCAGUGUUGACAUCCCUAUAGUCACUUCUGCUGAAGCUGAACAGUCAGAACCUGACUGCGAUAUUAGUGGGGCACUUGAAGCUGAUCCUCAGAGUGAGGCUUCCUCUCUUGUUACUUCACCAGACAGCCUUGUAGGUCAACACAUAGAAAAUAUCUCUUCACACCAGAAGGGAAAGACGACUAAAUCAGAAUUUGAUGCCCAAGUUGCUGCAACUGAGCAAAAGACAGAUCCAAAAUCAGCACUUAAUGCUUCAGAUAACCUAAGAGGGGAGAGAAAAGCAGGAGAAAUUGAUCCAACCUCUGUAAUAACUCCAAAAGACCCAGGAGAUAUUCCCACAUUUGAUGAAUGGAAGAAGCAAGUUAUGGAAGUGGAAAAAGAAAAGAGUCAGUCCAUGCAUCCUUCCACCAAUGGUGGUCAACAUGCCACCAAAAAGGUCCAGAAAAGUAGGAAUAAUUAUGCUUCAGUUGAAUGUGGUGCCAAAAUAUUGGCAGCUAAUCCAGAAGCAAAGAGUACCUCAGCAAUACUAAUGGAGAAUAUGGACCUUUACAUGCUUAAUCCAUGCAGUACAAAAAUCUGGUUUGUUGUUGAACUUUGUGAACCAAUUCAAGUAAAGCAGCUGGACAUUGCCAAUCAUGAAUUAUUCUCAUCUACUCCCAAGGACUUCCUGGUGUCUAUCAGUGACAGAUAUCCAACAAACAAGUGGGUCAAGCUAGGCACUUUUCAUGCUAGAGAUGAGAGAAAUGUUCAGAGCUUUCCACUGGAUGAACAGAUGUAUGCCAAAUAUGUAAAGAUGUUCAUCAAGUACUUAAAGGUGGAGUUGGUAUCGCAUUUUGGAUCAGAACAUUUUUGUCCUUUAAGCCUUAUAAGGGUGUUUGGAACUAGCAUGGUUGAAGAAUAUGAGGAAAUAGCAGACUCGCAAUACCAGUCUGAACGACAGGAACUCUUUGAUGAAGAUUAUGAUUAUCCUCUGGAUUAUCCUUCUGUAGGAGAAGAAAAACCUUCAAAAAAUCUUCUUGGUUCUGCCACAAAUGCCAUUUUAAAUAUGGUGAAUAUUGCUGCUAAUAUCCUUGGAGCAAAAACAGAAGAAGGCUCUGUGGAACAAGGAAAUAAGAACGUCUCUGAAAAUACUACUGCCACUUCCACGAUGGCACCCAAACUACCAGAACCAACCGCUGUUCCUUCCUUAGAGCUUGCUACUUCAGACAUACCACAGACUGAAAAGGAGGUGUUAGUCUUCAAUAUAACAAAAGAGAGCCCAAUUGUUCAGCUAGUCCAUGAAUAUGAAGAGGAAUCAAGUCAGUCAACAGUGACCCUACUGCCAAGUGAUGAACAAGAAGAAGAAAUACUAUGGUUUGAGUCUGAAACACAAAUGUAUUGCUAUGAUCUGGUGACAGUCUGUUGUAUUUCUAGCUUUUCAGAAUAUGUGUUCAAGUGGUGUUCAACAAUAGCGAUGCUUCAUCGCCACCACAGCAAAAGUGACAGCACUUGGAAAAAAUAUGAUUCUGCUGCUACUUGGCAAGCCCAGCUAGUCCCAACCAAAUCAGUGGAUGUUUUGGUACAUGAACAUUCCUCAGAGAAACUAGAUGCCUUAAUUGCAGAACCAUCAGAAACUGUUAUAGGUGUCUCAAGCAGUCUGCUGAAUGAGGCCAUUAUUAAUCAGACUGAGGAUACUUUUGAACUGGAGCCUAGUCACCCACAAACUGUAUCUCAGUCCAUUCUCUUGGAUGUUACAACAAGAGUCAAGCCACUUUCUACAAUAGAGUUGUCCUCAGAGCCUGGAAGACAUGAAAUUGCAUUGGAAAGCUCAGAGAUACCUUCCCAAGAGGAAAUCCAUGGAGAAGAAGAUGGAGUUGUAGGGUCUGUUACAGAAAAACCAUCUACAACCAGUAUUGUAACUGAAUUCCAUGAAGUGAGCACAGAAGAAAAAACCUCUGCUGAAAUUAUUUCAAAAUUAAUAGAGGCUGUUCCACAUCCUGAAUGUACAGUUGCCACAGAAAACUAUGAAGGAGAAACAAAAAUUAGCUCUUUAGAUGUGGAAAAGCAAGUGGCAUCUCAGGUAGAGUCAUCUUUGGAAAUAAAAGAUGAUGAGCAGACAGUUGAGGAAACAUUUCUUUCUAUUCCUGUUUCUGGUGGUUUGCCACGAACUGCUACAGACUUUUAUGCUGAGCUGCAGAAUUCCACAGAUUUGGCUUAUGGAAAUGGAAAUCUUGUUCAUGGAUCAAACCAAAAAGAGUCUGUGUUUAUGAGAUUGAACAAUCGUAUUAAAGCCCUGGAAGUAAAUAUGUCUCUCAGCAGCCGUUACUUAGAAGAACUCAGUCAAAGAUAUCGAAAACAAAUGGAAGAAAUGCAGAAGGCUUUUAAUAAAACUAUAAUAAAACUUCAGAAUACUUCACGCGUAGCAGAAAAACAGGAUUUGAAGCAGACUGAGGCUAUCCAGCUUCUACAGGCACAACUGAACAACAUGACACAACUGGUCUUUAAUCUGUCAGCAACUGUGACUGAACUGAAAAGAGAGGUUUCUGAUCGCCAAAGCUAUCUUGUGAUUUCUUUGAUACUCUGUGCCAUCCUAGGUUUGAUACUUUUUGUGCAACGUUGCAAAAAUAAAUCAGAGUUCAACAAUAAUUACUUCUCAAAAGUUCCCAAAAGUGAUUACUAUCCCAGUCCCAAAAGAUGUGUUUCUUCCUAUGAUGAUAUGAAUUUGAAAAGGCGAACUUCUUUCCCACUCACUAGAUCUCAGUCUUUUCAGCUUAACAACAAAGAAGUGGACCCAGAUGACUUCUAUAUUGUAGAACCACUGAAGUUUUCCCCAGAAAAAAAGAAGAAACGUUGUAAAUAUAAAAGUGAAAAAAUUGAAACCGUCAAGCCAGUGGCUGAGCCAGUGCAACAAGUAGCUAAUGGAGAAUUAAAAAGCAGGAAGCCCUUUACAAAUCAGAGAGACUUCUCCAAUAUUGGUGAUGUAUAUCACUCUUUGUACAAAGGUCCGCCAUCAGAAGGAAGUUCUGAAACCUCAUCACAGUCAGAAGAAUCCUACUUCUGUGGCAUUUCAGCAUGCACAGGUUUGUGCAAUGGACAGGUCCAAAAGACAAAAACUGAGAAGAGGGCCAUCAAACGAAGACGAUCUAAAGCCCCAGAACAGGAGAAACUUAUAAAAACUUUAAUACAGACUAAGACGGGGUCCUUGCCAAGCCUGCAUGAUAUCAUCAAAGGAAACAAGGAUUUAACUGUGGGAACACUGGGUGUCACAGCUGUUUCUGGGCAUCUUUAAAGUUAAUUGAACUCUUCAUAAUAGGAACUUUUUGUAUGACAAAUCUUGUAGUAUUUGGUGACAGGGAAAUUAUUUGGUUUAUUGGGAAGCAUCUAGAAAUUAUGAUAAUUCUUUUAAAACUAGAUAGGAUUGUGUCAGCAACCACCUUUGGUUAAUAAGCUUCAGCAUUUUCAGAUCUGACUUUCUGAAUGGACAAUUUUGGAUUAAGUGAAGAUUCGGAGUAAGGAUUCAUUUUAUAUACAGUGUUUUACAAUGGCUGAAGUCCAAGAUCUUGAACCCAAUUUUAGUGGAACAGAGUUGAAGCGUAACUGUUUUCCAUUUUGCUGUGGUCCUGUUUCUAGCACCUUCCCAUAUUUAUGUGCCUUUUGUCUAUUUAUAAUACUACUGGAAAGGAACAAUUUUAUUUGUACUUUUUAAAUUUUCAGCAAAUACAGCACUACCAUGCUGUCAGAUAGAUCAGCCUUCAGUGAAAUUGAGUGAUAUGACUUGGACACUGUGGAACAGAUGCUAGAUGUACUUUGUCUUUACAUCAGGAGUGGGUAUCUUGUGGCUCUGGAGAUAUUGUUGAUCUACAGAUCUCAUAAUCCCUCACCAUGGACUAUGAUGACUCGGACUGGUGGGAGUUGCAGUAUCUGGAGGGCCACAUUAUCUACUCCUGCUUUAGGUCUUUAUUUUGUAAACUCAUUUGUGACCAUCAUGACAUACAUCUGAUGUAGUACCUGCUGUCACUUGACACAGUGCCCCUUCAGGAUGUAGUACUUAUACACUUGUGGCCAGAUUAACUUGAUUAACAAUUAUGAACAGCAAUAUGAUUUUUUCUUCCUAUGCUAAGAAACUGGAAAUAUAAUUUGCCCAGUUAUUUGACCAAGUAGAAAUCCAGCAGUGAAUUUAACAUCUGACACGAUCUAUAUUAUGUUCUAAAAGGUGUGUCCAUAAUGUUUGCUUUUGUAUUGGAUAACGCAUGUGCUCUGUGUGCGUGUGUGUGCGUGUGUGUGUGCGUGUACUUAAUAAAUAGUGGGAGCAUGAGUACAUCAGAAUGAAUGUGAUAGAAGGUCCUUUUUGGUUGUUUUGAGGUUACAUUGUAUAAGUUAACUUAUUCAGCACUUUUAGUACCAUGUUUCUUCCCCCCCCCCCCCCCCCUGAGCUAAUGCCUUUCCUGAAUAUCAUAAUGUGACUUAUUUAAAGUCUUUUGCAGCUUUCAUGUUAGUUUGAGUACUUUUUUUUUACAGUGUGUACUUAGUCUGCACAACCAGACAAAAGCAUGGACCUGGUUUGUUUGUUUUAAAGAACAUGGAUUGAGAAGGGGGCCCAAACCAGAAUGGAAAUCAGAAUGGUUAUACUAUUUGCGUGAAUUCUGCAAAAUUGUGGCACUAGAACUUGUGAUAAACUACAAAUUUAUAGUGCCAGUAGAAACUGUGAAUUUCCAAAUAAAUCUGAAUACUUGUCUUUAACAUA